ACUGUAAAAAAGCUUACCUCAUACAAGUAGUCAAAAGUUUGAGAUAUACAAAGUUCACUAAUCGUUUUAUUCUUCGAAGUGAUCUUUACUGUAGACAACCGUCUCAAAGUGAUAACUGCGCACUUGCAUAUUUGUGAUAAAUGAAAGUGGAUUAUUUUUUUAUGUAUCCUAUUUACAAAAUAUUCCCUUAUUUUAAUUGAUUAUAUCUUCUAUAAUUAACAUUGAUUACAUUUGAAUAGCUUGGAAUAGUGGUAGCUCCGCAGUCUCUCAAAGUGAAACCAACUAACUGCAUAAAACUCUUUUUCCACUUGUUCAUCAGACAAAAGGGACAUCUGUGAAAAACUGGAUGGCUAUACCAGUAACAUUCCAAUCACUGCAUGAAACAUACGAUUCAGGGUUAUUAAUGCGUUCAUGUGAAAGGAAGUUUAUUACUCAUACACCUUCUACACCUAGUAAUAAUCAUUACUUUAAUUCAGUGAAACCAUUUAUCACAUCAGAUAAUAAUAUGUCUACGUCCAGUUUAUUUCCAGAAUGGUCAUUAAAAGUGUCAAAUAAAGGUGAGAUAUAUGAAAGUGAGAAUCCUGUGAAUGUACAAGCUUACACUAAUAAUAUAUUCUCUGAUUCAAAUUUAGUAAACUGUGUCUCAGAAUGUGAUUCAAAAUCAGAAAAUAAAUCACAUUCUAUUUCAUCUUGUUUAUCCAAAGGUUUGAGCGAGCUUGUCAAUAAGCUUAAUAAUGAAGAUAGUCAUCAUAUUAAGCAUGCUGAAACUGAAUGCUAUAAUUCAUACAAUCCACCUGACAACGAAAACCUACCUUCAACAUUGGAUAUAUUUAAAUCAUUUACGAAUUCAGAAGUACAUAAAAUCAAACCAUUUGAUCCCACAAAAUGGUGUACAUCAUUAGAUAAUUCUAAUUUAGUUCCUCUAUGCAGCUCAAGGUCAACAGUUUACGACCAUAGUUCACCAGUUCUUUCGUCAAAACAAACCACUGAGUCACACAUUUUGAAAAGCAUACAUUUGGAUUCCCACGAAUCAAACGCUUCAGAAAUAAACAGACAUCAUACAGUGCAAUCCUCUAACAGUAAUGACAUUAAAAACAGCUUCAUUUGUGAAGAGAACUUUCAUUUCCAAACUCCUGUUGAAAAAUUUCGUAAUUUAUCUACAAAUAAAAGGUCUUCUCAGAAACACUUGUCUGUAGAAUCCCCAGAGAAUUGUAUUGAUCCACUUACUGUGGUUGAAGAACAAAUGUCAGGGGAAAAAAUGACAAAAAAGCAUAUCAGUGAUAAUUAUACAAACCAAGGUGACCAAAACAGAAUGAUUCCAUCCUUUAAUUAUUCCCGAUCCUCAAUCUUUACUUAUGAUAAUUUUACAACUUCCCUACUAACUAACAGUUGCGUUAAUGAGCGUGAAUCAAAUAAAAGUAUCAGCAAUAGGCUUUCACAUAAUGUUACCAACAACCUUCCACUUUUAAACUUAUCUUCAACACUAAGCUCUUCUCGUUUAAAACGAAGUGUUGAUGACUUCUGUUCAGCAAAUACUUUGAAUGCUCAACGAAUAAGGCCAUAUACAGUAAGCCAUGGAAUUCCUAGUCGUGAAAUAGAUAUUCCCAGGUUAGUUGAAGAUGAGUGUCAAAUCUCGCUAACAUCCAGUGAAAUGAAUUUGGAAAACAAUCUUAAUCAAAAUGAAAAUAAUAUGUUUGACAAUUAUACUAGAAAAGUAUGUUUAUUAGAUCCUGAAUAUCAGCGUAUAACAGAAUCUCCGUCAAUAGAUUUUUCUUUUAGUAACCACAUAAACCAUCAAGAUCGUUUAUUCAUAAAGGAAAUUGAAGAGAAGAUUAAAUGCUCUUUACCAUGUUGUCUGUCAAAUAUGGAUUUGAACAAAAAAGGUGAAUAUAUUCAUCAAGAGUACUCUUGUCGUAAUUCAACAAGUAAUAAUUCUAUAGAAGGAUUGAACUGUAUUGAAACGGCUAACGUAAAUCAUCCCACUUCAUAUGUAUCUCAAGGAAAUGUUGAUCUAAAUAACUGGGAUGAAUCUAUUGCAAAAAGACCGGCAUAUUUAGACUGUGAGUCUUCUGUGAAUAAUUUGGAAGGUACGGAUGGUAUCGGAGGAUAUUCAGUUUAUUCUCCGGAACGGCUGAACUACAACCAUGUGGAGUGUUCCAACUCGAUGUCAUUCGACUGUUGCACAGAUUCUGCUUCCCAUCCAUAUUCAACAUGCUCCGGUGAUGAAUAUUCAAGAAAACCUUCAAUAAGUACUGUAUAUAAUCAACAUGAUCAAUUUACUGCAUCAAAAUGUUCUAACGAAAGUAUGUUAGAUAACUUUGGAUUGGAUUCUUUAAGUUAUUUUUCUUCAUCUAUAUUCCCUUCCACAGGACAAUCAGAGAGUAGUGAGAAAUUGAAGGUGGAUGCUUCAUAUAUAGCUGCUCAACAAGCAUUAAUAGCAAGAUACUUUCACGUUGACAAGCAUUUAACAAAAUCUUCUACUUUGAAUCAUUGUGGUGAUUUUCCGCAUUCAACUCGUCCAAAUGAUUCCACUGUAUUUUUGAAUUCAAAUGCUGACAGUAUUCCUAUUUCAAACACUGAGGUUGUACAGGAUAUUCGAAUGCAGAUGCCUAAUAAUGAUAACAUUAGUAACACUAACAGUGAUUCAUUUAUCAAUAGGUUUGAAAAUUUACCAUGCAUAAGAAUUGAAUCGAACCACAUCUUAGAUUGCAAAACCUACUCGUCAACGCAAGAUACAGAUGCUUUUGAGCAAAACCUCAAAGCAUCUGCCUUCAAUUCACCCUAUAAAAAGCUUCAUCAGAAGUAUGCAUACAACCAUUCAGACAAAGAGCAUAAUCACCAAUCAGGUAUUGAACCAAAUACUGUAAAUUGUAACAGAUCUACCUAUUAUCUUAAUGAACCAGUUAUAACAGAUGAUGCAAUGGUCAAUAAUUGUAAUACAGUACUACACAGCCCCGAGUUUUACAGCAAUUCAUAUGGCAGUUUCACUGUAAUCGACUCAACAGACGAAAGAAAUUCUAGCUACAACAUGGCGCACAGAACACACUUAAGUCCAUUGUUAUCAUCAUCCCAUUCCUCGUCAUCUUUUCUGACUGGUAAUAAUUCUACUCCGGUAUUGUCAUCUUCGUUGUCGCUGUCGUCUACGUCUACACCACCAAUGAUGUCAGUCAGCCCAAAUAAUUCAAGAUUACCCAAAGUAACUAAUUACAAUUUUACUGAUAUCCACUCAGUACCAGUUAGUGAAAGUGAUUGUCAUCAGUUAUGUUUAGUCUGCGGCGAUAAUGCAGCAUGCCAACAUUACGGCGUACGAACAUGUGAAGGUUGUAAAGGAUUUUUCAAACGAACAAUUCAAAAAAAUGCUCAGUAUGUAUGUCUUCAAGCUAAAAACUGUGUAGUUGAUAAAAGGAGACGUAAUCGAUGUCAGUAUUGUCGAUUUCAGAAGUGCUUGAAAGUUGGUAUGGUUAAAGAAGUUGUUCGCCGAGAUAGUCUCAAAGGUCGCCGAGGUCGUUUAUCAUCUAAAGCACGUUGUCAAUUAAAUGAACAUGGUGGAUUAGCCAACUGUUACAGUGAUAGUAACAUGAAUAAAAAUUUACUACCAUUACAUAGUUUCCUGCACAAACGAAAUAGUCUAUCACCAAACUUAUCAACAAUAACCGGCAAACGAUACCCAGGUUCGAAUAUGCAUAUGAAUGCUUCAAACAGGACAAAUUCAUGUACCGUAAAUUCAACGGUCACACUGUUGUCGAUGUUAAGCAGAGCAUAUGAAGUUGUAGGCCCAAGAAAUCAUCCGUUAAUCACCAUUACUGAUGAUGCUGUUGCCGACAGGAAUGAAGAAUCAAGAGAGUAUGGAGGGUGUAUUGGAGGAAGGGAAUUGCAUAUUUCUUCACCAGAUGAUAUAAAGGUAAGUGAAGAUUAAAAUUUGUUUCUGGUGAAAUCUUUUAGUCAUUGAAGUUAAUUUCUCUGAAUGAUGUACGAAUCAACAUCUUGAGUUCUGCCUUGAGAUUUGGGUUAAGAAUUCUUAAUUAUAGUUAUUUCGUUUAAGUUUUCAAAUCAGUAUCACCGAAAUAUGAUUAAGGGAAGAUAAUUCUGACAAUGACGGAAAAGUUGAAUUUUCAGAAUUUCACCAGUGAAAAAUUCACAAGUAAUAAUAAUGAUAAACUCCAAGUUUCAAACUUUUCUUUAGAGGUUUGAUAAAUAUGGAAACGGUGUAUCCAUACUCAACUGAUUAUAAUGGUUGAUAACUUGUUUAAAUAGUAUGAAACAAGACUGAAAAUACAAUGGAAACUAUUAAGCUCUUUUUUUAAUGUCAUAUUUAACCACCAACGGUUCUACAGCAGGCUAAAUGGCAUUAUCAGUGUUAACUUCAUAAAGAAGAACGCUAAUAGGUUGAAAUUAUGCUUAGGAGGUGAAUUUUGACCCAGAAUAAUACACAUUUCAGAUGAAAGAAGUCCUUUUGCUUUCGAUAUCUUGGAUUCUAUGCUGGAAAAGAAUCUUUAUUCAUAAGAAGCUGAGGUGACUUUGUUGCUGUUAUCAUUCUGAAUCACACAGAUUUAUUGCAAUAUUUUUGAUUAGAUGGGGGAGAACUGCCUUUCUCAUGACUGAACUUGAAAUUACCUCCAUAAACCCACAUUUCCAUUCUCUAAAUAUGCAUCUGAAAUGCAUAAAUCUCAAGAUUUCUUUGCAUUCUCUAACUCUGCAUGUUUUAAGAGUUGUACAUUCUAAUACAAAUAUGAUUAUAAUUGUGAGGAUACAUUAAGACUUCUGCUUUUGUAUCGUAUCAUUUUGCUGCUAAUUGAUGUUCACAAAUUUUUAAAAUAAUCCAGCGGGUGCACCAAAUGAAAUCGUGCUCUCAGACCUCUCUACAGAUAAUUUGUGAACUAGAUUUGUUCUUUUAUUCUAUGUUAAUAAUUUGUUUUGUUUACGAAAGAAUAUUCUACAUCAGUUUCAGUAGAUUGCAAGAAAUGGUGGGUAAAUUAAUUGUUUGUAUAUCUUAAAGAAGUAAUGGACUUCUCAUAAGUUUAUCCUCUUAGUGAGAUGAUUGAAUUGUUUAGUGUCCUGUUGAUACUUUUUGAUAAGAUUCAGUGAAUAAUCGAUAAUUAUCAGCACUUUGUACAAGAUCAAUGAAAAGUUUGUGCAUUUCGGGAUGGAUUAGUGUGUUAUGAGUAAACUUUUCAUUAAAUAUUCACCCAUAACAGAUCAAAUAUUAACUGCAGAUUUCUGUGCUGCUGAUGUGUUUAAUCAGUUUUGAUUCUUGAAGAUUAUGUUAACUAUACAAGCUUCCCCUAAAGCUAUUGGAUAGUACUUGUUUGGAUUUGAAAUGUGACUGGCUUGUGUGGUUGUUUUUCAACCCUUCGAUCAAAAAGGGGUUUGUCACGCGUUCUUCUGAUGAUCGUUUCUUGGAAUGCCUGGUUUAUGAACUCCGACACUCUUUUUUUAUUCAACUUGCCACAAGUACCAUGAAAUUGUUUGCAGCCUAUCUGUCUUAAUUUUUAUACUUUUGAAACUGAGAUAACAUUUUGUCUGAGUUGGUCCAUAAGAUUUACCGCACAGUGAAACAUUUUAAUUACCUUGUAACGUCAUGGACACAACUUACUGUCCAUAGUCAUGCCAAGAUAAAUCCACAAUUCCGAAACAUGACUUAUAUAGCUCGAAUUUUCCUGCCUCUUUUGUAAUAUGGGUAGUUGUAUAUUUCAUACAUCCGAAACAGGCGCUGGGUCAUUCCUGUUGCAUGCACUAGGUUUAAAUUUGAUGAACAAAGACUCAGUUACCAAUCUCUCCCUGUACCUAUUAGACUGGUUUUGAGGAUUUUCACUCUGUUCUAUUGUGUGUUUGUCUGUAAUUGUAUGCGUAGCUAUGACCGAGCUUUUAAAUUCCUGAUUUUACUAGGAUCUACAAAUGUUGAUUUAGCUAGCUUUUUUAACUUCACAAAUGAUGUGAGGGAUUUUGUAAACUAUUCAUGAAAUGACUGUGGACUUCUACUUCUGUAUUAACACUAAGCAGUCCGUUGUUAAAUUUUUGAUCCAGUUUGCAUCCGUUUAGUUUAUAAAUGUCAUCGAUAUUUUUCAGCUGCCUUUCAGAGGACAAAUAAAUCUCUUUUAUAGUGCUGAAGACAAAGGCAGUGCAAUAUAUCAAUCAGCUGGUCUGCGUUUAAAAUACUUACAGGCAAUAUGGUAAUUGAACUACACUUUUGCCGCAUCUACAGUAACCUACUGAUUGUUAAUAGCUUCGUUAUUUCAGUUAGUUACCACAAGAAAAAUGACUCAUUACUGACUGAAUUAAUAAUUCAUGCAGAAUUAUUAAUUCUUGAAUUAAGAUAGUCACGCAAACCAGAAGACUUCAUGGAGAGUGAAACAGUACCACUUAAAAGUAACUUAUGUAUCCUUUCCACUACUAUCAACAACACUUACCUCCUCUUAUUUACCUUAUUAGUGAAAACGCGUUACUCAUAAAACAUCAAUCAAAAUAAAUCUCAAGGAAACUGAUGUCAUUUAUUUAAUAUUUCCAAUCCUUGAUGAUUGUACUAUUAUCAUAAAUGCGUGAUUAUUCUGAUGGCGUAUUUCAUGCUGGUAAUUUAUGCUUGACUAAUGAUGAUCACACUAUCUAACCAAAUCAUAUAUCAUUGAAUUAGCACCUGCUGUGUUAACAAAAUUUCAGUAAACUGAUCCUAGUAAGUAAAAAAAAAUCUACAACAAGAUGCUAGAAUAAACAACUGGGUUGAUGUUAGUGAAGGUGAAAAAUUCAACCAACAAUUGAGGUUAAAUAAAUUGUUAAACUAUUAUUCAAUCAAUGUUUCCAUGAUUGAUAUUGUGUUGCAUUCUAAUGAAGAAUAUGUAGUCAUUGCUGAUAACAAAUCAAAAUGUGUGCAUGCAUGCAAAUAAGCUUGCCUUUGCUUAUAAACGAAAGCAACUUGAAGGCAGAAACAUUCAGCCAUAUGAAGUGUUAAACUGACCAAAUAAAAAAUAAACAUAAACGUGGAUGAUAUUAGGUAGCAUAAAUGUUUUUUGGUUUGUAUAAAUACAAACGUCGAAUACAUGUGUAAAGGCAAGGUAGUAAAAGCUGCAUUCCUUGGUUUUUAGUCGUUUCAUUCAACUUAAUAUAAGUGUUUACAACUAAUUCAGAUAGAUUUGUAACCUAUAAGAAAACUAAGAAAGCGGUACUUUUAGCCUUUUUGCCAUAGAUAUCGAAUUCAGUCCUCAAAGAUAAUCAUUAUUAUUCAUCGAAAAUUUGUGACAUGAGAAAACAACCAAGUCCGAAAUAGAAGAAAAACAGAACCCCGAGAAUAUCUAAGGUGGACACUUAUUUGAAGUGGAAAUAUGAGAACCACGUACACUGUAGUCUAAAGCUGAAGACAUCUUAGCUCGCUUUGUGAGGGCUCGAAAAGGGAAACCCGGUGGUUGUCGGUUCGAAACCAACAGCAGUCCAAAUUUUACUUCCACUUCAGUCAUCACCCAGUAUAAAAACAAGUCUCCAAAACUACGGCUACCUCAGAUAGUCAAAUAAUAAUCAAGACAAAGAGUUUUGACGGUUACGAUUUGAAAAAUGUUGAAAUUUCCGACCGUGUGAUGCUUGUGUGAAAAAAAAAUCUGCACCACGACGGGAUUCAAACAUGAGACAUCUAAGCUAUCGAGUCUGCCGACCGAGCUACGAAACCCAACAGCACACUAGACCUUAAUUUAUAAACACUCACUGAUACGAACCUCAUCUUAUCCAAAAAAGUUAGAUUUGUAUUGGGAUGGGGAAGACUUGGAUGAGUAUCAAGUAUGAACACGAUCAAUCGAGAGUAGCACCUGCUUAACAGGUUAAGUAGGUACCAGCCAGUUUAGGCCCGGGUAAAGAGGGAAGGUUGGACAUAGGGCUAGCAACCCUACCACGUAAAACCAAUCCAACAGCUCAAGAAACUUCAAAGCAC